GCCCGUGACCUUCCAGCACAAUGUUCUGCAGGUCCACUUGGGGAUGAUAAGUUUCAUUGACAAGCCACAAUUAUGGGACCUAAUGACAGCCCAUAUCAAGGUAGUGUAUUCUUUCUGACAAUUCAUUUUCCUACAGACUACCCCUUCAAACCACCUGAGGUUGCAUUUACAACAAGAAUUUAUCAUCCAAAUAUUAACAGUAAUGGCAUUUGUCUCGAUAUUGUAAGAUCACAGUGGUCUCCUGCUUUAACUAUUUCUAACGUUCUUUUAUCCAUUUGUUCACUGCUAUGUGAUCCAAACCCAGAUGACCCCCUAGUGCCAGAGAUUGCACGGAUCUAUAAAACAGACAGGGAUAAGUACAACAGAGUAUCUCGGAAAUGGACUCAGAAGUAUGCCAUGUGAUGCUACCUUAAAGUCAGAAUAACCUGCAUUAUAGCUGG